CGAGGCAGGUGAUGGAUGAGCACAGUGAAAGUACGAAGAAAUUGGAGCCAGGCUCCUCCUCCCUUCCCGCCAUUUACACCUCCACCGAAUCCUCAAAAUCCCUGACAAUAUCAACUUACACAAGAAGACAGAAAUCACUAUGAAAUAAUUUUCUUCUUCUUCUUUUUUUUAAUUAAUUGCCCAUAAUGAAUCAGUCUUUAUCUUUCCUGUUUUUUUCCUUGCUCUGUACUGCUAUAAAUAGACGCAGCAGGGUCGUUAAUGCAUCCCUACACUUUAACUUUUCUCUUUUUCUCUCUUCUCUUCCGAUCCAUGUAUAUAUUGGAGGUAUAAUUCACAUUGGGAGCCGGGGAGUCGAGCGAAGCGAGAGAGGGCAUGGGGAGAGGGGAGUAUGGCAGUGGAGGAGGAGGGGCGGCGCCGGCGGUGGUGCCGGGGUGGCUGGGGCGGCUGGUGGAGGAGAGCUUCUUCGUCAGCUGCGGGGCCCACGAGAGCCGCAAGAAGAACGAGAAGAACAUCUUGUGCCUCGACUGCUGCUCCAGCAUCUGCCCCCACUGCGCCCCUGCACACUCCCACCACCCUCUUCUCCAGGUGAGGCGUUAUGUGUACAACGAUGUGGUUCGACUGGACGACCUUGAGAAGCUCAUAGACUGCUCUUUUGUCCAGCCCUACACCAUCAACAGUGCCAAAGUAGUGUUCUUGAAGCCGAGGCCUCAGUCUCGUCCUUUCAAGGGCUCAGGAAACAUUUGCAUGAGCUGCGACAGGAUCCUCCAGGAGCCUUUCCACUUCUGCUCCCUCUCCUGCAAGGUGGAGCACGUGCUGUCACGGGGGGAGGAUUUGUCGAGCAUACUGUUCCGGUUGCAUGACUCCGACUUGGCCUUCUCCCGCUUUGAAAAUCUCCGAAUGGACGGGUCGGAUCUGAUCGAGGAAGUGGAGAGCCGACUGGCGCCCGAUUCGAUCCUGGAGGAUCCGACGCAGUACGACGGCAGCUCCGGGUCGAGCGCCGACCGCGCCGCCGGCCGGGGCCCGAGGAAGAAGAAGACCGGCGGCGGGUUCCUAGUGCUGUCGCUGAGCAGCAGAAGGAAGGGCGCUCCCCACAGAUCCCCCCUCUCCUGAUGCACGCACGCACGCACCAUGCGCUAGCUGUAAAAUCUAAGCUUGUAAUUUGUGCCAAAGUUGUGCUGGUUUGAAUGCGGAUGGAAGUGAGAGAGUUCAUGGCUGAUGAGCAUUCCCUUUACUGAUUAGGAGGGCACGGUGCUCGCCAAUUUUGUUUUGAUGUAAUGUGGGAUGCACACUUCGACCAAUUUAUAUGAUCAUCUCACUCUACCUUUAGCUUC